AUGACCCUGGAGUCCUGCUCAGCGCAAGCUGCGCUGGCGAUCGCCUCCACUCAGUUGCAGGUUUACCCCCAGCAUCUAGCGAUUGCUGUGGUCCUGGGGGUGUUACUGGGAUUCGCUGCUGGCGGCCUCCUCUAUAAGUUUGUAUUGGAACCGGCUUUGCAAAGAAAGGAUAAUUAUUCCAGCGGAUUUAUUGAAAACUCAGAUUCCGAGGAAAGCCAGAGGAAUGAAAGUAAUACAAGAGCAUUUCAAGGAAUCGGUCACCAGAAUCAAGGUUCCCCUUUCCUCGAGGAAAAUGAAACUUCAUUGAAUAGUGAUAUAGCCGCUUUUGCUCUGCGGGCAAAAGUUAUAUAUCCUAUUAAUCAGAAAUUCAGGCCUCUGGCAGAUGGAUCAUCUAAUCCCUCUCUGCUCAAGGAUGUGAAACAGAGACAUCAGGUCAAGAGACCACAAGAAGAUACUACAUUCAUUUCUGAAUCAUACAGUCAGGAGGAUGAAAAAAACUGUUAUUUUACAGGAAAUAAUUCAUCGUCAGAUCCAAACACAUAUAAAGAUGAAAUAUUUCCAAAGGUUACGUUUCUUCCAGAGUUACUAGUGUAUACAAGCCCUCAGAUUGAGCUUGGUCUCUACAGCCUCAAUUUACAAGCCUUGAAGCAGUUAGAUACAGAUCUCCAUGGCGAAAAGUACACGAUGUUUCUUCAGAUACUGAGAAUACAGCUGAAUGACUUGUACGUUAAUGAAAAAAUAGAAGAGGAUUUCUACAAAGAGUUCCUUUCUACACAAGAAAAGGAACUGGAAGAGCUCAAGAAACAGCAUCAGUUUAUGCCAUCUGCUACAGCUGAGAGAAAGGACUCAGAUGCUUGUUAUACAUUAGAGGAAACUGAACAAAAUGAGAGUAAUUAUUUACAAUAUGCCAUACGACAGAUCAGUGGGUUCCUUGAGCAGAUUAAAAAUGCUCGAGGCUUCUUUCUGAAUCAUUCCAAGCUUCCCAAGACUACAGUGGAGGACAUCAUGAGGAACACAUGUGAGAAAAUGUACCAGGUGGAGAAUCUGCAAACUGACUUCCAAAAUUUGCAAGCCACGGUUAUUCAGGACAACCUGCUGCAUUGGGAACUGAUGGCAAAAAGGCUUCACUCCUUCAUGUGGCUUACUCAGCGAGAAACCAGAGACAGGUCAAAGAUGGUGUCAUCGAUCCUAGAUACACUCUCCAGCGAUGGCCAACUGUCUUUUAUGCAAAAGGAAGAGAUCUUAUCCAGAUUUCAGCAUGAUCUUCAGGACGAAAUGCAAAUGUGUAAGAGAGAAUGCAUCAAACAGACUAAAGAGCGUGUUUUAGACAUGAAGAAACAGCGCAAAGUUUUGAUGAAAAGACUCAAGGAUACACAGAGGAAUGACACAGUGAAUUUGACAGACCAAGCACAGCAGAUGCUAGAUCCAACUGAAUUCAUUAAGAGCUAUCAUGAGCUUAUGGAGCGUCAGUGGCAUGUCCGCUGUGCUGCGGAGAACGAAGAGGACAAUAAGGAUGCCAGGGAGGUUAAUGAACUGUGGAAGAGACUUCAUUCUGCCUCAUCCAGCGCUGCAGAGAAACUGGUCAAAGAGCUUUUUCUAGAGACUCUUCCAAACCUGACAGAAGUACCUUCAUGUAAAAUGGAAAUUCUAAGGACUCACAUGCUGCAAGAUCUAACAGCAAGCAAGGAGAGAGCGACAGAAGAAAGAAAACGGCAUCUGAAACUGGUCCAAGAUAACGUGACCCAAGUGAAGCAGACUUGGCAAGAAGACCAGGUACUUGCUUCAGCGAAGCAGCAACAUCUGGUCGACCAACAGGAGAAGAUCAUUCAAGGCUUCCUAAAGAGACAGAGUGGCCUGGACGAGGAGGUUUCUAAACGCAUUGUGCUGGAACACAAGCUGGCUCUACAAGCCAUGGUCAGGCAGCUAGCUCUGAGGCAGCUCAGUCUCAAGAUGCUCAAAGACAUGAGGCUUUCCAAGGGAAAAAGUCUACUGGAGGAACUCAGGGACCAACAGAUGAAAGAAUCAGCCAUUUGGGAUCAGGAUGAAGAUGAGAACAAGAGGCUGCAGAAAAACCUGCUGGCGGGAUUGUCUGAAGACCAGGAUAAGCUGUGCCAAGAGACUGAGACACUCAUUCAUAAUCAGCUCAAUGAGGAUACCCAGGCAGCCAUGGAUCAUUUAAGGCAUUUCAUGGAGCAGGUGACCGGUAUUGCUCUGAUCGAACAUGCCAGUCUCCAUUCAGCCAAACAGCAUCAUGGACCAAAUAGCGAGAAAUUGAAGAACGAAAUGAUUGAAAGAGCAGCUGAGAGCGUUUAUGUGACUAUGGGAGGAGCUGCCAGCCUGGUCCAGAAUUAUUAUCAGGAGAUCGAAGAGAUCAUGAAAGCCUACCGACAAGACAAAAAGAAGCAUCUGAUAUCCAUGCAAGAGACUUUAAAAAAUAAACAACUGAUUGAGGAGGAGACAUUGGUGGAGAAUCUGAGCAAAGACAUGAACGUGAAGAUGCUGACACAAGUGACCGGGAUUCAGCAAGAAAUGGUGCUUCAUCAGUGGAGAACGGGAGCUCAGCUUGUACUGGAGCAGGACAUGAGACUGGAGUUCCUAAAGCAGAGAAAACCACUCUUUCACUGCCUUAAGAGACGGGUUGAUAAACGACUGCAGGUAGCAGAGCAAAAUUUCAUAUCACAGCUUGCUGCUACAGCCAGAUUUCCCCAAAGAGAUUGGAAAGCACCAGAAAACAAGUUCAUUUCAGGACCCAAGAGUGCAUCUAAACAGUAGCUCAGAAGCUUCCCACUUCCACAGCAGAUGGGCGGGCAGUGAUGUGAUGUAGAAAUAGAAGCCAGGAUGAAUGUGCAAAUUAUACUCCUGGAAUAAAGGAAAGAGGUUGCAGCCCUCUGGAAUUUGAUAUAAACAGAAGGCAACACUUGUAAAUUAUUGUACUUACAAAAUUUAGAGCAGCAGCCUAGUUUUUACUAUUCACUCAGUAUUUUAAUUUUAAUAAUAAUAUAAUCCUUGCAUUUGAUUUGCAAUAGCGC